CGGGAAAUGGCACCUAUGAAGGGAAAGGGAGCCUAUGAGGCCAUUUUCCUCAACGACAGCCCCGCAAGGUAGGCUCACUGGGAGCCUCAGGACGACAGCCCUCCAAAGUAGGCCCUCAGGAGGGAGAAAGUCCGUCUUUUGAUCCUCAGGCAGCCUCAAUGAACCUCAGGAGCCUUUUGUGAGCUUCAGAACGACAGCCCUGCCAGGUGGGACCUCUCAGGAGGGACUUUCAUCCUUCUUAAUGAGCCUCAGGAGGAUAAGGGAGCCUCUCCUGACCCUCUGAACGAUAGCCCUGCCAGGUAGGACCUCUCAGGAGGGACUUUCAGCCUUUCUGAGCCUCGCAACGACAACCCUGCAAGGUAGGACCCCUCAUGAGUCUCUCAGGAAGGACACUUGACCUUAAUGAACCUCAGGAAGACAAGGGAGCCUUUUCUGAGCUUCAGAACGACAGCCCUGCCAGGGGUCGCCGGAACCGCAAUGGACAAAAAGCAGGCGCUGACCGAAGCCGUGAACGGCAGCGGCUCUUUGCUGGACGCGCGCAGGACCCAUGCCAUGAGGUUGCCCCAUCGUUACACGAAAGAAGAACUCCUGGACAUUAAGGAGCGUCCACACUCAAAGCGGCGGCCGCCGUGCCUUUCCGAAAAAUACGACAGCGAUGGCGUCUGGGACCCAGAGAAAUGGCAUGCGUCACUGUAUCCAAAUUCAGGAAAGACUUCACCGGUCGAAGUAGCACUCAAGAAGGACCUGGACUCUGACCGGACAUCCCUCGUGCGCAGGCUUAUAGAUCCCAGGGAACGCGUGAAGGAGGAUGACCUGGACGUGGUCCUCAGCCCUCAGAGGCGGAGCUUCGGAGGCGGCUGCCACGUCACCGCCGCGGUCAGUUCGCGUCAGGCGUUGAGCCCCCUGGAGAAGGAGAAUGACUGCGUGCGCAUCAUCGGAGGGCGCCGGAUCGGGAGCGGGCGCAUCAUCUCCGCACGGAACUUUGACAAAGACCGCGGUGGCGGUGGUGAAAAGGAGCAGCGUGACCCACGAGACGCCAGGGACCGCGACCGCGAGUACAAGGACAAACGGUUCAGGAGGGAGUUCGGCGACGGAAAGCGCGUCUUCGGCGAACGGCGGCGCAACGACUCCUACACAGAAGAGGAGCCGGAAUGGUUCUCCGCCGGUCCGACGAGUCAGUCAGAAACCAUAGAGUUGACCGGAUUCGACGACAAGAUCCUGGAAGAGGAGCACAAAGGGCGGAAGCGGGCGAGGAGGCGCACCGCAUCGAUGAAGGAAGGCGUCGAAUGCAACGGCGGAGUCGCCGAAGAGGAGGAAAUGCAGAGCGCAUUGAGUCGGGAAACACCGGCAGCGACAGCAGACCAGGAAGUGCCCCGGGAAGCGGUCCUUCCAGAAACGGCGCCGGGAGGCGAGUUUGAUUUCAACGAGUUCUUCAACCUGGAUAAGAGCGUCCCGGGCCUUGCGUCGAUGAUCGAAGACGUUUUGGGUGAAGGUGCCGUCUCCGCCAGCCGCUUCAGCCGCUGGUUUUCAAACCCGAGUCGCUCUGGGAGCCGUUCAAGUAGCCUCCGAUCCACGCCCCACGAAGAGCUGGAGAGGCUGGCGGGCCUAGAGCAAGGCGUCUUGUCGCCCGGCCAGAAUUCUGGAAACUACUUUGCACCAAUUCCGUUGGAGGACCGCGCUGAAAACAAGGUGGACAUUCUCGAGAUGCUUCAGAAAGCUAAAGUCGACCUGAAGCCCCUCCUCUCCAGUCUCUCAGCCAAUAAGGAGAAGCUCAGAGAAAGCACGCAUUCUGGAGUGGUGCUUUCGGUGGAAGAGGUGGAAGCCGGGCUGAAAGGCCUGAAAGUGGACGCAGAGGGCAAGAUGGCGGCAUCUGAGCAGACGGAGGCAUCCCUCAACACCGUGGACUCGCGCCACUUCAAGGACGGAGACAUGUCCGCCUUCAACAAGCUGGUCAGCACCAUGAAGGCCAGCGGGACGCUGCCUUCCCAGCCAAAAGCGAACCAAAACCUUGAAAGCCACUUGAUGUCGCCGCCGGAAAUUGCUGCCCAACCGGCCGCGAAGAACAUCUUGCAGGAGAUCCUGGGGCCGCCAUCCGUCCGCCCAUCCCCGCCGUCGAAUGUCCUCAGCACCUUGAUGGGCGGCCUGGAGCCCAUGGCUUCCAUCUUGGGCCAGAGAGCGCCUUCACCGCCGCAGCCGCCGAUCUCCCAGAUGUUCCCGACCCGGGCCGCAUCCGCAGACUACUUGCGCCACCGCGUCCCUUCCCCUGUCGGAUUUGGCCCCGGUUCCCAGCCUCUUCUUGGCGAUCCGUUCCAAGGGAUGCACAAGUCCAUGAGUCCGGCGGCGGCGGCGCAGAUGGGCGCGCUGGAGUUGUCGCAAACGGCGAUGGAGGGGUAUGCGUUCCCACACGAACUGGCCAUGGUUUCAAAUGCGUACCAGCCAGGUUUCGGGAAAGUCCAGAUGGAGAAGAACAGGGACGGGUUCAGGAACAGCAGGCAACCGCCGCUGCGCGUCAUGAAGUCCCCUGCUGUCCUCGGCCACAGAGGGAAUGCCGCCUCUCCGCCAGCGGCCGCAGCGCCAUCCAUUACCAGCAUGCUGUCUCCUUCCUUCACUCCUACCUCAGUCAUCCGCAAAAUGUAUGAAGGCAAAGACAAGAGCAAAGACGAAACUGGCGCCACCAGCGCCGCAAAGACGAAACUUGGCAACCACGAAGAAAGUUUGUUGCCUUUGCGCCCUGCUGACCGUGCGAAUUCGCCGCCCGCCAGCACCAAACUCGCCACCUCCUCCCUCCAGCGCCCAGCCGGCGCUACGCCGCUCUCCAACGCCAACCGCUGCGCCAAAGACCACGAAUUCAGGACGAAGUCCGGUGCCGGCAGCGGAGGGAGGAGGACCCCCACCAUGGCGUCCCCCGUCCCCGCCGCUGCGUUCCUGCGCCCCGUUCAUCAAGUCCCGGCGCUGGUCCCUCAUGUGCCGAUGGUGCGCCCAGCGCACCAGCUGCCGCCCGGAUUGGUCCAGAGGAUGUUGGCGCAAGGGAUCCAUCCGCAGCACCUUCCGCCGCUCCUUCAGGCCGGAAUGAUCGCGCCCGGCAUCGACCUGGCGCACCUCCAAGGCGUCUCUGGACCCCUCCUUGGCCAGCCUUGCUACCCGAUUUCGGCUGCCGGACAUCCGCUCUUGAACCCGCGACCGGGGACGCCUCUGCAGCUGGCCAUGAUGCAGCAGCAGCUCCACAGAUCAGGAUCCGGAAACCAAGCGUCAGCCUCCGCCGCCAUUCAGACAGUGUCCCCGAACCCAGCGUUGCGGACAGGGCCGCCGCCGGGACACUCGCCGCUCGCCAACCAGCGCAGCGGUGGCGGAUCCCCCGUCGGUCUGGCAAAAUGGUUCGGUUCCGACGUCCUCCAGCAGCCACUUCCAUCGAUGCCGUCCAAAGUCAUCAGCGUCGACGAACUGGAAUACAGGCAGUGAGUUGCGCCGGAUGGCGUCCAUCGCAGCGGCGGUGGCAGCGCACUCUCUGACCCUCUCUCCUUCCCAGCGUCACUUCUGACUAAACAACGGACACUCGCGUACGAAAACGUCGUGCGUCUGCGCUUUUCAACACUUUUUUUCAUUUCAGGGAGCAUUUUUUUUCUUUCCGCGGUGAACGGCGUUGGCGUGCAUUUUUUUUUAGCAUUUUGUGCGACGUUUCUCCUCCUUCCGUUGCUCUUUUUUUUCCCUUCCUUGUUUUUCCAUCCUUCCAUAUUUUUUUUUCUAUUGUUUCGCGGGGAAAAAGCGAAAGGCGAACAGACUUCAGACGCGAGGAGAUGGGAAAAAGGUUUGGUUUUUCACGUUUGUUAUGUUUUUUGCGUGUGUUUUUUAUUCCUAUUUCCCCCUUUUUCCAUGUAAACGGCGCUGGUGAACCAAGAUGGCAGUGCCGACGCAGUUUUUUUGUUUUUUCCCCUCGCUGGACAUGAAAUGUAUAGAAACUUUCUGUACAGAAAACAGUGUAUAAAAAUACCUUUAUUUUCGUUUUUCUGUAUAUAUUUAUCUCUUGCUUUUCUCAUUUUCUCGCCAUCUUUCUCUAUCCUUCGCUCUUUUUCUGCGUUUGUUUUUCCAUGAAAACGCACUCAUUAAACGGCUGUAAAUAAAGGAAUUAGCGAGUUAAA